GGUUGUAGGCAGCAUAAUUGAAUAAGCGAAGUGAGGAGAAGAGACUGGCUCAUGGCUUUCGCGUCUGCGACUUGCUUUUCUUCCCAACUGCAAGUGCUUCUUCCCCGCGGCCCCUCAAAGAGUCCCCCAUUCGUAUUUCCUUCUUGUAAUACUCGUCGUGUCACAAUUACGUUCAGACCUCUCAGUCUGACACUCCGAGCACCCAGACCCUUUUGCGUUCUAUCAGCGGCGGCGAAGAGUAAUUCGGCUUCGAAUUCCAGUGUUAACAAAACCAGUAAAGAAGAAGAAGAAGCAGUUGAAGAGGUGGAAGAGGAUCUGCCAUGGAUUCAGGAGAAAGCCUUGGACCUCGUGGAGUUCACGGGCUCCGUAUCCCAGGCCAUUCCUGGACCCAGAGUGGGCACCAGCUCUCUCCCUUGGAUUCUGGCUCUUCCUCUGGCCUAUGCCGGUCUCACUUUCGUCGUUGCCUUUGUCAAGACCGUUAAAAAGUUUACUUCCCCUCGACAAAAACGCAAGAGACUGGUCAAUAAAAAUGCUAUGCUAUGUAAAUCAAUAGACGACUUGUUUCACAGUGGCGCAGAUCAACCCAAACCCGAUGCUUUGAACCAACUUGUGCAGAAGACUGGUUUUGGCAUGGAGGAUAUUUUGCGGAAGUACAUUCGCUAUACUUUGAAUGAAAAACCAUUCAACCCAGACGUGGUUUCCAACUUAAUUCAGCUCAGAAAAGCUUCCAUGUUCGAUGACUCUCAGGUUGCUGAAAUUCUAAAUGAAAUUUCAAGAAGAAUUGUACGAGACAAAGGCCCAGUUGUAAUGGAUAUUUCAGGCUACACUGAAAGGGGUUUCAAGAGAAAACUAGCUGUUCAAGCCCUUUUUGGAAAGGUUUUCUAUCUGUCAGAGCUGCCAGAGUUCUGUUCGAGGGAUAGCUCCUUAAUUGUCAAAGAAAUAUUUGGUGUUACUGAUGAAGAUGCAGACAAAUUACGGAUACAUGCGAUCUCUGAAGCUGGUGAUAUGGAUUCCUUAGAAAAGAUGGUUGAUGCUUCAGAUUCAGAUGAAUCUGGCUAGGGCUCUCUCCUUCUUGAUUCACAUGCUCCAUAUCCAAGAGUUUUGGCACAGAUAAAAAUUCUGGCCAUAUAAGCGUAAUCUGUUUCAUUUCUGGAUCAUGUAGACUUAAAAAUUUUGGUUGCAGCAUCAGCUCAGAUUCUGUCACAUAAAGUGUAAAAUUAACUUCAUUUUUAAAUAGGUUAAUAUUUGAUUUAUAGCUGGAAGUUAAUGGUAUUCAUUUUUGAGUUUCCUAUUUGAAUAGGAUACUAAACACCACCCUAAAUUUCUGAUAUCUAUGAAGAUGGGAGUAAUAUACGGUGGUGAUUAACAAGUUGACGGACGUUUUGCUAUAUCAAGCGUUUAUUUUCUGCCAUGAUGAGAUGCCAUCUUCUAGCCCACGUCUGAUUCUAGAUCUCCCCUAUAAUAAAUAAACGCCGGUGGAGCAAAAUGAAAAGAUAGGGGUUGUAGAAAAAGCAGUUGAGUGGAUCGUUUGAGCUUGAUGCAUGGUGGUGGCUUUCUUACCUGAAUUCACGCUCUUCAGAUCUCCUUUGUCGGUUCUCAUGGACUAUCCUCUACUUGCGAUAAUGACAGAUUGUGUGGCAGCGGCGGCUGCUUAGUUCUGGGUGUGAUUUUAGAGUUUGUGUGUUUUUAAGGGUUUUUUGUUGUGUUGGGCCUAAAUUAUGUGUAUUAUGGUUGGGCUUUUAUUUUGUUUGGCUGUGUUUUUAUUUUAUUGUCCUGUUUGUUGUAUUGGGUUUGUUUGUAACUUUCUAAGGUAAUGAAA